AUGAGCUCUUCCUCAUCUUCGCGACCGACCUCCUCCCGUCUCGACAACAUCCAUAUCCCCUCUUCCCCCGAUCCUCUCGAUCCUCUCGAGCUCCCACUCCCCUCCUCGUCCCGCUCGAGAUCCUCCUCCCUCUCUUCGGCUCCGCCGCAGUCGCCCGGUCCGAAGCCUAUCACACCGGAGUUCUUCAUGUCAAGCCCUGCCAGUCCGCCACACACUUCCUCUCCAAGACAUGCAGGUUCGGACAGAUUCUCCCAAGCCGGAGACCAGCCGAUGAGCGAGGACGAGGAGAACGAGCCGAUUCCUUCCAAGAAGAGCGGAAAAGAAAAGAAGCGGCCGGUCAGCUCGGACGAGGAGGAGUUUGAGGAGAAGCCAAAGGGAAAGAAGAAGAAAGGGAAGGGAAAGAAGGUGGUGAAGGAUAAGGUGCUCCGUGCGAAGGUGGCUGUAUGGGCGGAUAUACCAGACUGGGGGGAUGGGGAGGACUGUCCCUUGCUGAAGCUGCCGGGGGAGGUGCUAGAUAGGUGCUUCGGGGUGGCGCAGGAUCUUGGGCUGCGCGACUGGGUUGCACUCGCCGGAGUUAGCAAAUUCUUCCGAGAACGACUCGAUGACCCUUUCUUCCAGGAGAUAGCCUACUAUUUGGGCAAGUCGGGUCAGAAUCGUGAGACCAUAUGGGGUCCGUACGACUACAGCUCCCCGACGUCCAUUCGCAUCGAACGGCUCCCUGGUCGCCCGGCAACCCAUCCCUUCACCCGCGAAUUCGAGUCCUGGCGUGUCGAUCCCUCCGUUCCUUCUCCUCUUACGGUCUCAUCCGGACGAGCCGACACGUCCACAUCGACCGCCUCCAAGAGUCUCGUUGACGGCAAAGAGGACCCAGCCAUCUUCGACUCGGCCGCCCCCCCUAUCAAAUUCUACGUUCCCCGUGGUCCCCGCGAGUCAUGGACGAAGUGGCAAUACACCGUAUACAAGGAGGAGAAGGCGAUCUACGCGGAGGAGGAACGAGUCAGGCGGCUGGAGCUAGCUGAGCACAACGCUAGGCGUGCAGAGAAGGCGAGAGCAGGCAGGCGGAUCCUGACGGGCAACGGAUACAAGGUCAUACUGGCGGAGGUGAAGGGCAGAGAGAACGGCGAGGAGGCGGUACCACUCGAUCCCGCAACGGGUCUGCCAGUCCUGCCGAAGGCUGAGCCGCCUGUAACCGCCACACGACUCAAGAAGGCGGCGAAGGAUGUAAAGCGGGCGCCGAAACUCAGCGAGGAGGGCGCAAGACUGUGGGAAGCUGCGAGAGUACCAAGGUGGCUGCGGGAUCCGGCGGGGGAGUGGGUUGUGCCGGACACGGAUGGGGAAGACGAGCUGGGACCGGACGAUUCGCCAAUGUAUGACGAGAAGGGCGCAGUGAUGCCUGACGAUUACUGGCCGAGCAAGUGGAGGAAGCUCAUUGCAGAGGAGGUGAACGACAAUUGGAUCCCCGGAGAUAGGGCGUUUUGGCUGUACGAUCUCAGUAAGGCAGAGCUGUUGAGCCUUCGCCACUUCCUCAUUCGAACCAGGAGUGAUUCAAAACAUGGCAAUUGUCUUUUGGUACAGUGGUAUAACUCUGACUUGGUAACGCCGCUCUUCGUUCACACUACCACUGGUCGCAGGUUCGAAACCUCGGUGUUGAAGACUUUAGCGAUUCCACGAGGUAGGGAGAAAUUUCCACUGGCUGCAGUCGAAGCGCUGGCUUUCCGAGCUCAUGGUGGAUCCCAAGGUCACCUCGAUCACAUCAGGGAGGCCAAGCGGAAACAAGACCGAAUUGCACAGCAGGCUCGCCUCGAUCGACGAUACCCAAAGCAACACACAGCGCCAGACUCAGAGGACGGUGACGAGGAUAAGUAUCAGCGGACGGGAGCAAAGAAGGGAGUCCUGAGAUGGAAUAGAGCGUGGAGACGCAUCAAAUAUCAGUAUCGUACAGUCGUUACCGCUCGGACCGCUCGCGGCGCAAACAUCGCCUCUUCGCUCAUACAUAGCUCGCGGUGUUACUUUACAUCCCAGACGGACUAUACUGGCACCGCUAUGACGCAUCGGGACUCGGGAAGAUGGUCAAAUACCGAAGUCCCCACGCUCUGGCAUGUUAUGAAGGAUUUGAUGGAAAGGUUUGGGGUGAACCACCGCUCGGACCUCUGGAUCUAG